GCGCUCUUCUGGCUUCAAAAUUAAAUACAGCCGCGACAAAGUUUUGACAACGCGGAAGUAAGAAAGAUUCGUAUAACUGGCACCAACAACGUCUUCCAAAUACCCCAAAAAAAGACGUAUGACAAUGAACAAUAUUUGUCGUCUUCAAACCGCUUCAGAGCCCGCUGACAGAUGGCGAGUUCUUCUCAACCGCCUCCCCCCCUCAACACCUCACCCAGCCGCCCGGGGGGAGUCGCUCUCUGCGAAUGCGGCCGCAUGUCAAUCAGCAGCUCUCAUGUGAUGGCUCUUGCCAAUGACGUGCCAGCCAUGUGGGCCUGGCAUCGCACGGCCCCGCCAGGCGAGUCGCCCGCGCGCUUCCUCCCCUCGCGCUUCCUCCCCUCGCACACGUCUGAGCUGCAGACAGAGGCACGGUGGCCGCAGAAGAGGAAGAGGAAAGUAGAGGCACGAGCACGCAGCACACAACACAGCCUCUUCUUCGCCCUGCGCGACUCACCGUCGGCAUGGUGUAAACAAAGCGAAGGUGACAAUGUUAAGCCGUCUCUUCAGUGAGGUUCUACCGGACGUCCAGAGGUUGGCGGCGGACUGGGCCGACAACCCGGACGGCGGGUUGGGCAAGGUGAAGAACGAGCAGGAAGGGCACCUCGGCGCGGAGGACGAGCUGGACGAGGCGCGCUGCGGGGGCAGCAGUAGCCGAGCCGAGUCCGAAAUGGCAGAUGAGGAGGAGGAGGACGAGGAGGAAGGGGACGAAGAUGAUGAUGACGAUGAGAGCGGUGUCCACGAAGGCACCGGGGAUAAAGGCAACAAAAAACGCGGUCCGAAGAAGCGCAAGACGGGUGCGGUCCGCCACGAGCGCUCCAAAGUGCGGCGGGUGAAGGCCAACGCCCGGGAGCGCACGCGUAUGCACGACCUCAACUCGGCGCUGGACAACCUGCGCAAGGUGGUACCGUGCUACUCCAAGACGCAGAAGUUGUCCAAAAUCGAGACGCUGCGCCUGGCCAAGAACUACAUCCUGGCGCUGGGCGAGAUUUUGCGCAACGGCAAGCGUCCCGACGUGGUCAGCUACGUGCAGAUGUUGUGCAAGGGCCUCUCGCAGCCCACCACUAACCUGGUGGCCGGCUGCCUGCAGCUCAACACGCGCAACUUCCUCACCGAACCGGAUGCGACGCGCUUCCACAUGCCCGGCUCGCCCUUCUCCUUGCAUCCGUACUCGUCUUCGCCGUCGUCGUCGUACCGGUGUCGCCUCGCCAGCCCCAACUGCCAAGCUCCGGGCGGGGGCCCCCUGAACCUACGCGGGCACUCGUACGCCCCCGGCUAUGAGGCCGCGUACGCUCCGGGCGGGGCCUCCCCGGACUACCUGAGCCCGGACUACGAGGGCCAGCACAGCCCGCCGGGGUGCUUGAUGGGCGUGGGCGUCAGCAUGGGUGCGCCCGGCAAGCAGCAGGAGCUUGACGCCGAGCGGAACUAUCACUACUCGUCUAUGCAUUACUCCCGAGCCGGACGCGGUUUGACGUUUGGCCCUUCGGGAACCCGCGGCGGUGGCGGCGCGCACUCCGAGAACAUCCCGCCCUUCCACGAGGGCCACCACGAGCGCCCGGCGGGCCCCUACGAAGACAUCAGCGCCUUUUUCCAUAACUGAGCCACGCACUGACUGACUUGAGUGACAAUCCUUAAUCUUUUCCUGUAAUCUGAUUACAUGCGCUUCUUCAUUGUACGGUAUUCUGUGUGCGCGUGCAAAACAACUUGACAUGUAAUAUAAAUGAAAUGCACAAAUAAAACAUGAUUUAUAAUUGUCUGGUGUCAUUCACACUUGCGUGGACUGUAAGUCUGCAUUUUAAGCCAGAUUUCUAAAGGAAUAAAAUAUAGAUGAGACUAAAUUAAUUGAUAUUUCUUUGGGAGGCUCUGAGACAAAAUGGUUUCAUGCAUUUAAUUCUUGAAAAAAGUCAACUUGACAAUUAUGCAUCUACCACUGACUGCAAUCAAGUCUAUUGCACAGGUUAAAAAGAAGUCCGAUUUUUGCAAUUUUUUUGUAAUGUGUCAUUUUAUAUUUUGAUGCCGUUUGGUACUCUCAAAACAAACACGUUUUUCCUGUUUUAAUGGUCUUUUUUAGCAUAAGUAUAGCAUGCAUUACUUUACAUGUGUACGGAUUAGACAUUAAUAACCACUUGGUCCCAAUAUACAUUUCUAACCAACCACCUGAUCCUUACACGCGCUAACAUUCGAUUCAUUUUGAAGUA